GCUCGCGGGCCCCAAACUAGGCCAAUAAUUACAUUGUCGCACUGUGAAUUGCGCUAGUGGGGCGCUUUUAUUGUCGGCAUAAGCGAGGGAGUCACUGAUAAGCACAAUUGGGCUUUGCAAUCGAGAAGGAAAAUAUUAAGUUGAUGAGUAAGAGAUUUUCUCCAAACUUCCCGAGAAACUCUCUUGUUAUAUUUCGAGUGUGAGAGACGGCGUCACGGAGCGAAGAUGCGCGUGAAGGCACUGUACGACUUCUCGGGGGAGCCGAACACGUCUGAGCUGUCGAUCCAGGAGGGCGAGGUGCUCACCGUGACCCGCACGGACGUAGGCGAGGGCUGGUGGGAGGGUAGCAACAAGCAGGGCCGCACGGGUCUGUUUCCGGCCGCCUAUGUGGAGACGCUGUCGGAGCCGCCGGCCGUGGCGGCGCCUGUGGCGCCCAAGGCUGCUCAGUAUCCGGCGCUACCGCGCUACGACCAGACGCCGGACGACUGGAACGAGCAGCAGGACGACUGGGAGGACGACUGGGAUGACGAUCAGGACACGUACUCGGAGAUCGGUCCGGGGACGGGCGCCACGCACAACAGCCAAGCGGCCGCGACGCCGUUCAACAGUGCCGCCGCCUUGCCGCCGCGCCCGGCGGAUGAUGCCAUCUCUGUGACGUCGACCAGUGCGCCGGUGAAGAGUCGCUCGAAGAUGUUCUCCAAGUCCAGCGAUUCGUACAUCAUGGGCAUCACGCAGGUGUCCGUGCCGGAGAACGAGAAGGUCAGCAUCGUGCCCGUGGACCACGGCUUCAUGUGGCGCCACACCAAGGAGCCGUACACGGUGCGCGUGGCAUCACCGAAGAAGGAGACCAAGUUCAAGGGCAUGAAGAGCUUCAUUGCCUACCAGCUGACGCCCAGUUUCAACAACAUUUCGGUGUCGCGGCGCUACAAGCACUUCGACUGGCUGCACGGACGUCUUGUGGAGAAGUUCUCGCUGAUUCCCAUUCCGCCGCUGCCGGACAAGCAGAUUUCCGGGCGCUACGAGGAGCAGUUCAUCGAGCACCGGCGCGUACAACUACAGGAGUUCGUGGACUGGAUGUGUCGGCAUCCGGUGCUGUCAUCGUGCGAGGUGUGGAUGCAUUUCCUCACGUGCACGGACGAGAAGAAGUGGAAGGUGGGCAAGAGGACAGCGGAGAAGGAUCCACUCGUGGGCGCUGUGUACUGUGCGGCCAUCGUGGCGCCGGAGAAGCAGUUGCUGCAGAGUCAGGUGGACAUGCAGGUGGACACGUGCGGCAACUUCGUGCACCAGAUGGACUCGGCGGUGAAGACGCUGUCCAUCAUUGCCACGGAGCAGACGAAGAAGUAUCAGAUGCAGUGGAAAAAGGAUUUCCAGCGCAUCGGCGAGGGCUUGUCGGAGUUGGCGCGAUCGCUGGAGGUGGACGAGAGGCGGGCCAGCACGAGCACGUGUCUGUCGAAUUCCGUGGGCCUCACGGCGGGCGUCUACAUUGGCGUCGGACAGCUGUUUGGCGACCAGGCGAAGCACGACUGGAUUCCGCUGUCGGAUCGGUUGCACAUCUACAAGGGCGUCCUAGGGGCUUUUCCGGACAUUCUGUCGGAGCACAAGAACGCCAUGGCGAAGAAGCGAGACUGUGAGAAGCUGACGGGCGACCAGAAGAUGAGCAAUGCUCAGCUGCAAGAGGUGAAUCGGCGCACGGAUGUCAUCUCCUAUGCCAUGAUGGCAGAAUUGUCGCAUUUCCGCGUGGAGCGCGACGAGCAUCUCAAGGAGACUCUGAGGGAGUUUAUUGCCGCCCAGAUUGCCUUCUAUCAGACCAUCGUGUCGCGUCUGCAAGCGGCGAAGCAGUUCUUCGAGUGAAA